UGAUGGUUUAUGAUGACAGUUGACGAUUCAGUCAGGAAUUUAAGAAAUCUCUGCUUCUCUCAUUCAGUCUUGUGAGAAAGGUUGACAUAAUAUUUAAUGUAAAGGGCAUCUUGUGUACAUUGUGUAUUUAUGCCCAUCCAUUUAACUGGUGAACAUUUAACCGGACCACCAACAUGUGCACGCGCAUACACGCGCACCUGCCUCUCUCACGCCUCUUCAAAGACCUGCGAUGUGGAGUCUCAACCUCGCGUCAUCGUCGGAAAUCUCACUUGAGGCAGAAGAGAAACAGACGCAACUAUUUCCCCCCUUUCAAAUAAGCGCUCCGGAGGAGAGCGGAGUGGACUGGCAGCAGGUACAAUCAAUGUUCAGGGAGGCUGAUGGAGCGACCUUCCAUCGCUUCUGUGAUUGCGCAAUAAUACCACACUUGGGCUCGGUUUUACAGCUGACACAGAGCGGGCAAUUAAAUAGUUUUUUACUGUUUAGCUGAGAAAAGUCGUGGAACCUUCUGCAACGUUUGCUGGUAAGUGCCUUAAAUGAGAUUUGUUUUCCUUCACUGGGUUUUACAUUGGAGACUCAUUAGAAAUAACGCUUUCUUAUAAUAAAGUCAGAGAAAGCGUUUCUCUCUCACCUGAAAUGUUGAGCCUUUGAGUGUGUUUUUUUAUUUAUUUAUUUAUUUAUUUUUUACCUCCGUUGAUUUAAAAUCACAGUCUGUGAUCCCCCUCCAGGCUGUGAUGAUCUAUAAGAGCUUAAUACUGCAACUGAGACCCCUGUAGUUUAAUCUAGCCAAGCUUGGUUUUACAAACUACCUCAGAGCCCUAAUUUAAAGCACAUUUAUAUGCACUUUUUUGCAUGGCAUUGCAUUAAAAAUAGACCAUUACUGAUCUCCUUAAGCAAUAACUUCUCAUUUAUUUAUACCUAUAAUUACAUCAGUGUAGAUCACAGUCAUGAUUGUAAAACCUAGCUAUCUGAGAUCAUGGGUCAAAUCAUCAUCACCUCUCUUUUUGUUUCUCUUACAUUAUAGGAGUGAGUACACUGUGUUUGAUUAGCAGCCGAGUUUAUUGCCCAGUGCUACUGUAGCAAUACAAAUCUAUUAUAAUCUGGUCAAAUGUAUUGUUUUAUUCUUGCAAUUGGUUUUAUUUUAUAGUUUUGCCUUACCUCAUAUGCAUGCAGGGGGAUUUAAGUGACCACUUUUGCAGCAAACUAAAUACCCUGUCAUCACGCUGAGCCUAAUCUGUGACAUUGGCUUGCUGUAAAGUGACAAAGUCCAAAUAAAUUACAUUAAGGCCUUUACUAGAUACAAUGACUUCACCCACAAACAUUUUUCAUCAAAAAAUAUCAUAGAAAUGUCACACAUGCCAGCAUGAUUACGCCUGAAGCGCUGAGAUCAUGUAAUUUCUUUUGAUCGUAUCUUGUUGCCAUUAAUCGUGACCCUGCAUGAGUAAUGCUCAGAUGGGACCUUUCUGUUCCAGGUGACGAUGUGCCGCUGUUUCCAAAGAAGAUUCAGCCUGUUCAAAUGUUCAGCUUCACACAAACAACUUAAUAAUUAAGCUGGUUUCAAGAAAUCAUUGGCACCAUGCACCAAAAAGCAUCAUCAGUUUUCACCUAAUUUCUUGGAUCAAAUUGUUCUUAAAUACAAGUCUUUCUAAACCAAAGUAAGAGUGUGUGCUGAGACAUGGGGGACUCCAAUAUCAGCCACAAGGUAGUAGCUUAUACAGAGAUGCAGGAGAGUCUCCCAGCAGGCAAGUUGGAUCAUUACAUGGACAACUAUGAUAUGGACUAUGGCAUCCCUCCUGAUGAGAUCCCAGACACUACGCAGGGCCAGGCCUUCUUUGUGGCCACCAUUGUUAUCGGUGUGGUGCUUGUCUGCAUCAUGCUUGUCUGUGGGUUGGGAAAUUUCAUAUUCAUUGCUACGCUGACACGCUACAAAAAGCUCCGCAACCUCACCAACCUGCUCAUUGCCAAUCUGGCCAUCUCAGACUUCAUUGUGGCAGUGGUGUGCUGCCCCUUCUUGGUGGACUACUAUGUGGUUAAACAGCUUUCCUGGGAUCACGGAUUGGUGCUGUGUGCCUCUGUCAACUAUCUCCGGACUGUGUCACUCUACGUGUCCACAAACGCAUUGCUUGCCAUUGCAGUUGACAGGUACAUGGCUAUAGUCUAUCCUCUGAGGCCUCGUAUGAAGUACCAAACCGCCUACUGCCUGAUAACAGGAGUCUGGAUUGUUCCCAUUCUGAUAUCAAUUCCGUCUGCCUACUUUGCCUCUGAGACCAUAUACCCUCAUGGCGGCACCACUCCAACCACUCACAAAGUCUUUUGUGCCCAGAUCUGGCCUGUGGACCAGCAGGCCUACUACCGAUCCUACUUCCUGUUUGUUUUUGCUGUAGAGUUUGUUGGGCCUGUGAUCGUCAUGGCAAUAUGUUAUGCCCAAAUUUCCCACGAGCUCUGGUUUAAGAAUGUCCCAGGUUUCCAGACGGAGCAGAUUAGGAAGAGGUUGCGUUGUCGCCGCAAGACAGUGAUGGUCCUGAUUGGGAUCUUGACAGCAUACAUCCUGUGCUGGGCACCGUACUAUGGCUUCACCAUCCUGCGAGAUUUCCAUCCAACACUCAUCUCCCGCCAGAAGAACUCACUGGUGGCCUUCUACAUCAUUGAGUGCAUUGCCAUGAGCAACAGCAUGAUUAAUACCUUCUGUUUUGUCAGCGUCAAGAACAACACAGUUAAGUACCUGAAGAAGAUUGUACUGCUGCGCUGGAGGUCAACGUAUGCGCCCAAUAAGACUGUAGAUGAGAUGGAUAUGAGGACCGCCUCCAUGCCUGUAACAGAGGAGAUUGAAUGCAUUCACCUGAGGUGAAGAGAAGAAAAUCUUUAAUAUAACAGUCAUUUAGAUUUGGAUUGUUGAUAUACACAAACUACAUAGGUGACAGUGAUGAUUUUGACAUGGAACAUUUCUCUCAUGUUUAAAUCACAUUUUGGAAAGAUUUCAAGCAUCAUGAAGCACAAGAAAAGGUCAAAUCCUUACAGAACAUUGAUUAAUGGAGCAACAUACUGUAGCUCAAACUUUGUUAGUCAGCAAUACACACAGUACUUCUAUUUGAGGUAUUAUGGGAAUGUAAUUGUUGUGCACACUGUGACUAUACACUGUGUUGUUGUGAAAUGUUGUAGCAUAUGUAUAAGAUAUAUUACAUGGUGUUGACUACCUAUAAUACAUAAGGUUUAUCUUUGUAUCGCCUAUAUCUGUUUUGUUAUAUUGAUUUUCAGUAAGGUCAAAUAACUCUUGAUAAUAAAGAAAGUUUUUUUUGUUUUGUUUUCUGUUUUCCUUUUUUUGCCUCUAAGAAAUUAUUUAGGAGUUUUCAGUAGAGAUGUCAUUUUGUGGAAUGUAUACAGUAUUGAGAUGGUCUUUUGAAUGUCUUAAAAAAAGUAAUCUUGAUUAUUUGUCCUUGAAAAGAAUCAAUGCAUUGCAUGCUGUCUUUGUAGAUUAAUGCAUUUUAUGUGUGCUUAUGGUA